AGUGCGACGGCCAUGUUAUCGGUAAAGCAGGGCGCUGUCUUUCUUUCUUUUUGACCACGUUCCGUGCGAGUCGUAUGAAAUGAACAUGAACCUAAACAUUUCGAAGAAACGUAAGUUCGUCUCCGACGGUAUCUUCAAGGCGGAGUUGAACGAGUUCCUGACUCGCGAGCUCGCCGAGGAUGGCUACUCCGGUGUUGAGGUGCGUGUGACUCCCUCCCGCACUGAGAUCAUCAUCAUGGCCACCAAGACGCAGCAAGUGCUGGGCGAGAAGGGCCGUCGCAUCCGUGAACUAACCGCCAUGGUGCAGAAGCGUUUCAACUUCGAGACGGGCCGCAUCGAGCUGUACGCCGAGAAGGUCGCCACUCGUGGCCUCUGCGCCAUUGCCCAGGCGGAGUCGCUGCGCUACAAGCUGACCGGAGGUCUGGCUGUGCGCCGUGCCUGCUAUGGUGUGCUGCGCUUCAUCAUGGAGUCGGGCGCCAAGGGCUGUGAGGUCGUUGUCUCUGGCAAGCUGCGUGGUCAGCGCGCCAAGUCGAUGAAGUUCGUCGAUGGACUCAUGAUUCACUCUGGUGAUCCAUGCAACGACUAUGUCGAGACAGCCACACGUCACGUCCUGCUGCGCCAGGGUGUGCUUGGCAUUAAGGUCAAGAUCAUGUUGCCCUAUGAUCCCAAGAACAAGAUUGGACCCAAGAAGCCGCUGCCCGACAACGUGUCCGUCGUUGAGCCCAAGGAGGAGAAGAUCUAUGAGACCCCAGAGACGGAGUACAAGAUUCCCCCACCCAGCAAGCCUUUGGAUGACAUCGCCGAGGCCAAGGUUAUGUAAAAGUUUAAGUUUUAUAACAAGAGCAACAACAACCACAACAACAACAUCAGCAAGUAUGCAUUGAUUGCGUUAAAUACAACAACAAAACAAAAAUAGAAAAACCGAAGUUAAUUCAAAUGUGUGGAUUUAAUAAACAAAUGUAAUUUUUAGUAAA